AUGGCGUAUGGCCUGGACACCGAGUCGUUUCUGCUAGCAUUCACCCGUUUCUGCAAGGGCAGAGGGACGAACUUUGUCGGUGCAGAGCGCGAGCUAAGAGAAGCCGAUCAAGCGCUAGGUUCUAAUGAAGUGGCCACAAGUAUGGCCAGCCAAGGAGUUCACUGCCGCUUCAAUCCACCUCUCGCUCCGCACUUUGGCGGCGUAUUUAAGUGUGUGGUCAAGGCAAAAAAGCGCGCAAUGAUGGCAACUCUGUCCCAGGCCAAUCUCACUGAUGAGGAACUUGUAACUGCCAUGGUGAGUGCGGUAGGCCUAUUCAACUCGCGCCCGUUGACCGCUGUCCGGAUUGACGUGGAUGAAGCCGCACCGCUAACACCGAUGCACUUCCUAGAUGGACAGUGUGAGCUGACUCUGCCACUCGAAGAAGUCGCUGAGUUGCACCCACAGCAUCGUUGGCGGCUCCUCCAGCAGCUCCUACGCGAGGUAUGGCGGCGAUGGCUUCGAGAAAUAGUGCCUCGGCUGAAUGUGCUUCAGCAAUGGUCUCGAUGCAGCCGCAACAUCAAGCCCAGUAACAUCGUCCUCUGCGUUGUGGCUUGUGGCUUGCCGCCAGUGACUAUCCAGAUAUGUUGA